ACACCGGGAACAGUUAUCUCCGCACGAGCUUGUGCGAGCUAGUCGAACCAGAAGGGAACGGAGUUUGCAACGAAAGACUCUGCAGUGGAGUUAUUGAAACCUGAAACUUGCUACAGAACAUUUAUCAUCAAGAUUCAUCUUUCCUCCGUUGUUUUUUUUUUUUUUUUUUUUUUUUUUUUUUACUUUCCAGCAUAACUCUUUUUUCAAUUGAAAGUAGCAUUACUUGGGCUCUGCAGACUUCCUGGUCUAAGUAUGAGGUCCUUGGAACCUUUGUGUGAUUGGAGGAUCAUCCCCCUGGCUUUGUUCCUGGCACUGGCAUCUAUGUGCAGAGCAUCUGAAUAUGAGUACUUGAGCUGGAAGUCUGACAUUUACAAUGGGGGCCGCAGCUACGGCAAGCCCCCCCAGUGUAUGGACAUCCCAGACGACCUAAGACUGUGCCACGGCGUGGGAUACAACCAGAUGCUUCUCCCCAACCUGUUGGAGCACGAGACCAUGGCGGAGGUGAAGCAGCAGGCUGGUAGCUGGGUGCCCCUGGUCCACAAGAACUGCCACCCAGGCACCCAGGUGUUCCUCUGCUCUCUGUUUGCCCCCGUGUGCAUGGAGCACCCCAUCUACCCAUGCCGCUGGCUGUGUGAGGCGGUGCGUGACGGCUGCACCCCCAUCAUGGAGGCGUUCGGCUUCCCCUGGCCAGAGAUGCUCACCUGCGACAAGUUCCCCCAGGACGAUGUGUGCAUCGCCAUGACGGCGCCCAACGCCACUGAGAGCACCAGGCCCACGGACUUCUCCCCCAUCUGCCCUCCAUGUGACAAUGAAAUGAAAACAGACGCUAUGCUGGAGCACAUGUGUGCCAGUGAAUUUGCUUUCAGAGCCAAGAUCAAGGAGGUGAAGCGGGAGCACAUGGAUCGCAAGGUGAUCUUGCAAAAGAGGAAGAAGAUGUUGAAACCUGGCAACCUUAAGAAGAAAGACCUGAAAAAGCUGGUGGUCUACUUGAAGAACGGAGCCGACUGCCCCUGUCAGCAGCUGGAUAACCUGGGCAACCAGUACCUGAUCAUGGGCCGCAAGGUCGACAAGCAGUACCUUCUGACAGGCAUCCACAAGUGGGACAAGUCCAGCAAAGAGUUCAAGAAGGCCAUAAAGAAACUUAAAACCUACAAGUGUCCUGCUUUUGAGAAUGUCUUCUAAUAAUGCACCCAGUUAGCAUCUCAUAAGAACUUGCACAACCGUAAAAAAAAAAAUCCACAUUUUGGCUUUCGUUUUGUUUAUAUAUCUAUAUAUAUAUAUAUCUUUGUAUAUUUACAGACCUACGUUGUCCAUUUCUGGUCAAACACAACGAUCGCGGAAACCUCCUGUUAUAGGGGUGGGUCUCCAUUUGGUUCCUCAAAAAAUACUUAGUAGGUCCUCUUCCUCACUGAAAUAAUCUCCACAUCUUUAUAUGUAGAUAUUUGUGUUACACACUCCCCGAUUAUGCUGUAAAAAAAAAAUGAAGAAAUUUGACAAUUCAGUGAUUUUGGCUGAAAUUGAUGAAGUUUCUCUUGUUCUGAUCAUAUAUUAAUCAAAGAAUCAACAAUUAGAUCACAUUAAGUAGAUAAUGCAGAAUCAACAGUUACUUGCAUUCUAGCUUUAAAAGCCACAUCGUAGAGGAGGUACAGAUAGGGUCAUUACAUAACUUAUUGACAGUAGUAUAAUAGAGUGCUGCAUUCACAUGAUUGUUUUGUCUUAUAAAUUACUGCACUACAGGUGAUUCUACUAUUUAGAUUUUCUCUGACUUGAAAGUAUUCAAAUAUCAAUCCAUCUACACGAACUACAUGUACACCGUUAAAUAGUUUACUUCCGCUUUAUAGUAGGCUACAGUUUAUUUUGUGCCAAAUGUCAUCCGUUUCACUAUGUAUUAUACAGUAUUUCAAGUUACUCACUGUUACAGGCAAGCUAUCUGAUAAACAAUACUGAAACGCUUUGCGUAUAGUAAUCAUACUUGACCAAAGUUUUUUUUAUGCAGCUCCUUAUUGCUGUUCAUGUAAACCAUUAUUCAGUUUGAGAAAACUGUGGGUUGACAAAUCUGUUUUGCUCAGUAUUGCUGGUCCAUAUUAGCACUGUCAAGUUAAAUGACUGUAACUUUGAAUGUCAGCAAUGCAUUGCUGCCCAUUAUUAUGUACAUACAAAUUUUACAUAAAUAUUGAAAAAAAC